AUGGAGGAAGAAAAGACAAAUAAGCCUUCAGACUCAGAUUUUAAACAGCAGCGGCUCAAAGCUUGGAAACUAAGCCCAUCCUCAUCUGUGCUUGGGAUUAUUUAUCUUAGCAUGGGUGUCUUUUUUGUUACUUUUGGAGCUGUAAUUUUAUAUGAGUCUAAUGAAGUAAUCGAAGUUGCCAAGCGCUACGACAAUCUCAAUGAAUGCAAAGCUAGCUGGAAGCACCCGUCAACCUGCAUAAUAGAAAUGGACAUUUCCGAUCACAUGGAAUCUCCUAUCUUUAUAUAUUAUGAAAUCAAAAAUAUGUACCAAAAUCACAGGAAAUAUAAUAAAUCUCGCGAUAUUAAUCAACUGUUAGGUUACAACCAAACAAAAAGUGAUAUUUCUUCCUAUUGUGAGCCUGUCGUGACUAUGAAAGAUUUAGGGCUUAUCACCAAUUUGUCUAAAGAAAUUAAGAUCGCCAACCCUUGUGGGCUAAUUGCGAAGUCAUAUUUUAAUGACACUUUUAUAUUAAUGCCGCCAGCUGAUAGUCCUAAAAAUACUAUUCUAAAUAAAAUAAAUAAAACCUAUUUUUUUAUAAUAAAUAAAUAUUUUUUAUAUAUAAUAAAUUGAUAUAUUACACAGUUAAGCAUGAUGGAAUUGCAUGGGACGUCGACAAAGAUGAUAAAUUCAAGCGAAAUAAACAUUGGGAUUCUGUACAAUGGACUGAUGUAGAAGACGGUAAUUUUUUAUAUAGAACAUUUUAUUGUAUGGAUGAGCACUGCAGGCCUCCCAACAUUUAGAAAGCUCUGGGGAAAAAUUGAGCAUGACUUAGACAGUGGAAAAUACCGCAUGCAAAUUACUAAUAAUUAUGAUGUCAGCUCUUUUAGCGGAGAAAAAAGCAUCAUAAUUACCACUUCUUCAGCAUUUGGUGGAAAACUGAACUUUUUAGGGAUCCUUUAUAUUGUGGUAGGCUGCCUUUCUUUUGCAGGAGCAGGGCUUAUUUUUGUGACGAACUAUUAUAAAGCAAAACUAUCGUCAGCUAGAUAA